UGAUAUCCGGUGCAUUAUUAGGAGCAGUUCUUGUAUUCGGCGAUAAUCUGGUGACAGCAGCGAUACGUCUUUAUAUGAAUCCUGUGGUUUUAUAGUGACCCGUAGCGUGUUAUUCCAGCCAAAUGGCCCGUGACUGAGCGAGUCUGAAAGUUUAUGUGGUGUGACCCGAGGGCCGAACACUAAUUCGCGGCUUCAGAUCUGAGCUCGAAUCAACUAAAAGCUCUUUAUUCCGGUAACGGCGCCACUCUCUCUGCAGCUGGCCAUGUCGGUGUCUCAGGUGUCUCCUGGACUGUUCCUCAGCGGUCUGGACUCAGCUCUGAGCCUCGGCGUCCUCUCCAGCAGGAACAUCACGCUCAUCAUCAACGCCAGCGGGCUGGAGGACGUGGCCUACCCUCAGCUAGAUGGCCUGCACGUCCUCCAUGUCCCCGUCCAGGACCAACCUCAUGCCCCCCUGAGACACUACUUUGACUCAGUGGCUGAACAGAUCAGUCAGAACCAAACAGGGGGGACCCUGGUCCACUGCACUGCAGGCAGGAGCCGAUCCCCCACCCUGGUCAUGGCCUACCUGAUGAGGUCUGAAGGCCUCAGCCUGCGGCAGGCCCACGAGCUGGUUCUGGAGCGGCGGCCGUUCAUCCGACCCAACGCCGGGUUCUGGAGGCAGCUGAUGGAGGACGAGCGGCGGCUGUUAGGCAGGAACAGCGUGAGGAUGGCGAGGACGUCCAGCGGCGUCCUGCCCGAAGCUCUGGAUGAGUCGGAGGACACAAACCCGGCCGCGGCGUAUUGUGUCAACGUUUGAGGGUCUGAACAGAGACCCGGAUGGACUUCCUACAGAACUACAGACACAUUUGGACCCGACAGUUUGUCUUCUGGCUUUUAUUGGACGGAGAAAAACUUCAGAGCACCAAUCAGCAGCCAGCAACACUUCACUUCUUCUUUUUGUCAUUAAACCUCCUGUUCAGACUCAAA